AUGGAUUGUUGGCAUUUCGUGGAGGUAACUGCCUCUGGUCAGCCUAUUCUUCGAGAAAAUGAAAAGGACAUACUCAUCGAUCAAAUGGUCGGUUUGUACCAUAAUAAAUCAAAGGUUUUAAACCGCCAAAAGGGUAGAAUAUUCCUCACAUCGCAGAGGAUUAUAUAUGUCGAUGAUUUGCAACCAACUAAAAACUCAAUUUGCCUUGAAUUGGAUGAUAUAGAAUCACUGGAAUACUCAUCGAAAUUUCUGAAAAGAUCUGCUAGACUGAUCUUGUUCCUAAAGAGCGGUCAGACCAGAACCAGUGAGGACACAAACAUUGAGAACGUUACAAGCUCAUGGGUAUGUGCGAUUUGUAUGAUGACAAAUGAGACUCGUGGAAUAUUUUCGGAAGAAACUGAUCCAAAGCCCAUAUGUGUAAAUUGUGGUAUUCCGGCUGACUAUGAGAUGACUAAGAAUUCCAUUAAUGUAUCUUCAAAUUUCAAGCAGCAAUCUGCGAAUGCAAAGAAAGAUGCGGUUGCACAGGAAAACGCUUGUCCAGCUUGCACAUUUGUUAAUCAUCCUGAAAUCAGCAAUUGUGAGAUCUGUGGGACGAGAAUUCCGAAUGCCAGCAUACGCAAACAACAUUGCAAUUCAGCCUCAGCCUUUAAAGAUUCCAGAGUUCAUUUGGAGUUGGAACAUCCUGAUAGUGGUCAGUCAACGAAUUUUGUGCAGGUGAGUUUCCGUAAGUCGGAUGGUUUACUGUUCGGUCAGGCAACAGAGAAGGCCAUUGAAGACUUGAAAAAGGCAGAAACUAUACAAAUUUACAACAAGAAUCUGGUUUCCGUCAAUGGAGUACCGGUGAAUGACAAUGAGCACACCAAGUCCCUACCUUUCCUAGAGACCAAGUUAAGUAAAAUUGGAAUAGCAGGCCUGGAGGACAGUAGAGAAACUCAGCUGCUGAGAAAUGAUAUCCUUUUCAGCAGUGCUUUAACGGAUCUUAACAAGCUAAUGUCCCUGGUUAACGAUAUCGAAACGUUAUACACCGGACAUAAAGUCAAGCUGAUGGGCGAGCAAGCUCAAAAACCACUACUGAUUAUCGAUAGGGAAAAAUUCUGCAACAAAUCGUCGUUUCUAGACGAGAUUGCCCGUGAGAUUUACGAAUUUGCAGUCUCAGAAUUUAAGGAUAACAAGGAACACUUGGGAUACGGAAUGCUGACGCUAGUUGAUUUAUAUGCUAUGUACAAUAAAUCAAUGCGAAUAGGAACUGGUUUGAUAUCACCGGAGGAGAUGAGACAAGCAUGUGAAAGAUUCGAACUAUUGAAUCUUCAAGAUCUGAAAUUGAUUCGAAUUAAUGGGAGGGUUUUAUGUCUGGCAUCGAAAGACUCAUUUGCAUUUUUAAAGGAGAAAAUCUUGGAAUUGACAGGUUCCCAAAAGGGUUGUGAUUUGUUACAGCUUACUCAAUUACUGAACGAGGGAACUUCAAGCUCAUGGACGAUUGGAAUUUUGACGGAGGUUUUGCAGGAUACUGUCGAAAAGGGGGAACUAGUGAUAGAUGAACAAGUCAGUGGGAUUUUUUAUCACAGGAAUGUUUACUGGCCUAUUGAGCAGUCUGUCAAAUAG